AUGGCGGAGAGCCAGAGUCGGCGGUUAAGUUUGGGUACUCAAUUAGAUAUUGAGCAGAUACUCUUAGAAGCACAGCACCGAUGGCUUCGUCCAGCUGAAAUUUGUGAAAUCCUUCGAAAUUACGAAAAGUUUCAUAUUUCUCCGGAGCCUGCAAAUAGGCCUCCAAAUGGUUCUCUUUUUCUUUUUGAUCGAAAGGUGUUAAGGUACUUCAGAAAAGAUGGCCAUAACUGGAGGAAGAAAAAAGAUGGAAAAACAGUGAAAGAAGCUCAUGAAAGGCUCAAGGCAGGAAGGAUUGCUAUGUUGCAUUGCUACUAUGCCCAUGGAGCAGAGAAUGAAAAUUUUCAAAGACGCAGCUAUUGGUUGCUUGAAGAGGAGCUCUCACACAUAGUUCUUGUCCAUUACCGAGAAGUGAAGGGAAGUAGGACAAACUUUAAUUGCGUUGGACAAGUUGAAGAAGCUAUUCCUGAUUCCCAUGAACCCAAAGAUGCACUCCAUUCCGAGGUGGACAGUUCUGUAUCUUCAAAAUUCGACCCAUAUAAUUACCAAGUAACGUCACAAAUUACAGAUACAACUAGCCUCAACAGUGGUCAGGCCUCCGAACUUGAAGAUGCAGAGUCAGCAUAUAAUCACCAACCCAGUUCUAGAUUCCACUCUUUUAUUGACUUACAACUGCCUGUGAUGGACAAAAUUGAUGGGCUUUCUGUCCCCUAUUAUCCAGCGCCAAUCUCAGACAAUUAUCAAGGAAACUUUCCAGAUACUCCUGAAAUGGACUUCGUCUCACUUUCCCAAGGAGAUAAAGUUAAAAACAGCACUGAUGCUGGUUUAACAUAUGAGCCCCAGAAACUUCUUGACUUCGCAUCAUGGGAGAAUAUUUUCGAAAACAGUGGCGCAGGAUAUCAAUCGGUCCAUUUUCAGCCAUCACUAUCCUCUACCCAACUUGGUACCAUGAGUGUUAUACCCGGACAAGGAAAUAACAUUAUGGGGUACUCAGAUGAUUGUGGUAAGAAGCAGGAGUUUGGAUGCCGUUCUAAUGGGAAAGAAGAAUGUCAGGUACACUGAAUUUAAAAUAUCAUGUGUGGGAUGCCUCUUAAAGUGUUAAUCUAUGUUUAUAUAGCAAUGCAUGUGGUGAAUAUCUGAAAAACAAUGAUAAUUGCUAUCUUAAUGUGGACACAUUUCUUUUUCUUAACAGUGAGGCUGCGCAUGGAUGCAUGUGUUUUAUCCAUAUUUGUGCUGUUCUGUUGACUUCUUUCUGGUUUGGAAGAUAGGUCAUUUUUGUUUCUAGAUUGAUGUGUAUGCAUUCACAGAAGCAUUUGCAAAAUAGAAGGUUUUUUGGCAACAGGUGGUCACAGGGUCGUUGAUUAAAUUUCAGCCGAAUAAUCUUGAGCUUGUGGGUUCAAACUUGUUGGCAGUCACCUUUUCCUAAUAAUGCCAAAGCUUGGCUAGUAGAUAGUCCCACAUUGGGACAAAAAAAAAAAGCUGCAGUUACCAGUUCUGAUAGAUUCAGUAUUUACUAAUACAUUAAGGGAAGUGCUUUAAAUUCAGCUCCUGACAUUGGUAUAAGUAGAUAGUCCCACACUGGGAUGAAAAAACAAACCUGCACUUUCCUGUUCUGAUAAAUUUAGUUUUGUUAUAUUAAUACAUUAAGAGAAGUGCUUUGAAUCCUUUGGUAAUAAUUCUCAAUGGAUAUAAAAUUCAAAUCAAAAGCAACUUCAUGUAUGGCACAGUGAAACCUGUUACAAAAAUUGGAUGCCAUAAGUGAUAUGCUGUGACCAUGCAGUAUGAUCUAUUUGAUGUAAUGCCUGUAAUAGCACAUUCAGGUGGUGGUGCUUUCUAUGCAUGAACCUAAUAAGCCAUUCCACAACGAAGACCUGAGAAAUGUCAGAGAAGAGAGACUCUGGAGAAAGGAACUUCUUCUAAAGAGAUGUAGGAAGCAAACUGAGAGAGAGAGAAAACAAAUUAUCUAUAAAAAUAUAAUACCUCAGUGGACAUAGAAGCAUCCAACACCCAUAACCCUAACGUAUAGGAGCAGAAUAAUAAGAUAGAAAUUGUGCUUUGGAAUUGGCACAUGUAGAGAACCAAGUGAAAGUACACUUAAUGGAUAAAGCAAGAAACAUAACUUACCUAAAAAGUUGAGAUGUCUCCUUGAACCAUUGAAGGCAUCAUGUAGCAACAUCAUUAUUAUAAUUUCUGUUUUUCGCUAUCCUGUUCCCACCAAGGAUAAAGUUGUGGUACCUAUGGAAAAGUUUUGACAAUGAUAACACAAUUUCUUGCAUGUGGAUUCAGCGUGAUCCUUCAGUGCUCAUCUAACUAAUGUAGUAUUCAAGUGAACACCCAAUAAAAACUGGAGUUCUGUUUUGCCCAGUUCCUGAGAUUGGGAAUCCUGGAGCAAUGGCUGAACAACUUUGCUUGCCGCUAAGAUGCAUGGAUACCGAUUAGGAUAUGUGUUCAAAACACCCGACUCUUGAAAACUCAGCACAAAGUGGGACAUAACUUUCUUUUAGCAUAUUUGUCGGGGAAUAAAUAUAUACAAAAAAAAAAAGAUCAAAUAAGGGUUAUAUAAUGAUCUUCGUCAUCCAAUUGUGCAUCAAGAAUUCCCACUGUUGAAGCAUAUUGACCAUGUCAUGCCCAUGUCUUUGCAAUAUAGGGUUGCAGGAUGAGAAGAUAAAGCCACUGUUCAAUGUUCUAGAACAUACCAUGGUAAUAUGAGAGACCUGUAAUUGAAACACGAAGGAAUCAUAAAGUUUUAUCCAAUUAGAAUGCUCUCAAAAGUUUCUUCCUUAUCAUACUAAAUUGCUACUGCCCAAUUAUUGUAAAAGUUAGGAUACUCUGUAGUUUCUUGUCCAUUGCAUUUUGCUUUCAUAAAACUGGAUUUGCUUCCAAGUGAAACUCAUGCAAAGUACAAUGACUUCAUCUUUUUCAAUCCAAAAUCAGGCCAACCAGUUAACUGUCUUUGGAGCAAUGAUAUAUGACGAAGCUCUUGACUUUAGAUGGAGAUUUACUAUGCCAAAUGGAUUUCUCUCAAAAUUGGCUCUAAAAGGAAAAAUCUUGACUAAAUUCAGUGACCAUUUUGGCAAGGAAGAUAGGCAAAUAGAAUAGAGAAAUUUUAGGCUUCUCCUUUCACACAGUGUGAUUUGUCCAAAGAAGAGAAGGGUGUGAAAAACAGGAAUGGUAGUGGCUAGAAGGAAAAAAUAUCUAUCUCCAAGUUCACCAAAACACUCACCCAAAUUAAGGGAAUUGGAUGGAAGUUCAAGAUCAUAGUGCAAGUUAUGACCACUUUUUCCUUUAAUGUUUUCUAAGAGUUAGCAAAAGGUAUAUACAUUAAACACAAGUUUAGGUGAUUCGUUGCAUGUCUUUCUCUCGAUUCCCCCAGAUAAACAGACUGUCUUGUCAUGCAUUCCUUUUCUUUUCUCUUCUCCUUUUUUCUUCACUUAUUUUACCCUUUAUAUAUGGGAACAAUUGGGUCUGUCUGGCACCCGAACUCUAGAGCUUGAAUUCUAGAGCUUGAAUGAAUGAAUAAUCAACUUCUUAAAUUUUACAUACAAGUUUCUGUGGAUGGAAGUUUUUCAAGUGCCUAUUUAAGUUUAAGGUUAGAGGUGUUCAAAUUUUUGAUUGGCCGCAAUUUCCUACCCUACCCGACCCUACUUUACCUUACUGAACGGCUAGUCGCAAAAAUCGAAUAGGAAUGGAGAAGAGUUUUUGGUCUUCCGAUUAAAUCGGGUAGGAAUGCGGAAUACUCAUCAAUUUUUCGCAUUCCUACCCUACUCUACCCGCAAAAAAUAUAUUUAAAUUUUAUAUAUUUUUUUUAGUAAUUAAAAGAGUAUUUGUGUGAUAUAAUUUAUAUUAUAAAUGUUGUGGAUGCUUGAGUUGCGAGAAUAUGAACUUAUUUUUUGUGUAGAUUACAUGAUUUGUGGUGAACU